AUUAAUUCAGCCCUCUAAGCCUCUCCCAACUUCUUUAAAUACCUGCCACCUGCUUGAGAGUUUUACACAAACACAGAAAAGAAUAAACAAAACUCGCCCUGAAGCAUAUUUUCUACUUCAAUGGAUUCCAAGAAGUCUAACAAGAUCAGAGAGAUCGUUAGGCUCCAACAAAUCCUCAAGAAGUGGAAAAAGCUAGCAAAUGCCCCUAAGAACAACACCGCCAUUACCAAUUCAUCAUCAACCAUCACAGCCAGCACUACUACUCCAAGCAGCAAUGGCAGCAGAGGCAUCAAGUUCCUCAAGAGAACACUGUCCUUCACAGAUGUCUCCGCGGCUAAUCAGAGCGACGUCGUCCCAAAAGGGUUUCUCGCCAUUUGUGUUGGGAAGGAACUCAAGAGGUUUAUCAUCCCAACAGAGUACUUGGGCCACCAAGCAUUUCGGAUUCUGCUCCGGGAAGCCGAGGAGGAGUUCGGAUUCCAGCAAGCGGGUGUGCUCAAGAUUCCAUGUGAGGUGUCAGUGUUUGAGAAGAUCUUGAAGGUCGUUGAAGAGAAAAGGGAAGUCUUCUUCUUGCAUGAGUUUGGAUUCAAUGCAGAGAAUGACGUGAUUGGUUCUUGCUUAUCUCCAUCAGAUUGUGAGCUUACACCUUCUCAUCAUCCCCAAAUGUGUAGGUGAUGGAUCAUGUAUACAUACACUUGAUUUUGAUCUGUUGGAUCUUCACCAUCUUUUUCUUCUUUCUUUAGCUUUAUUUUGUGAAGGAUAAUGUAAUGGAAAGAGAGCAGAGUGUGAUUAGAGGAGGACCUAGAGUUGAAUUAAUAAGCUAGACUACUUCAUGUUCUGCAAGGUAUUAGUUACUUCCUGGAUAUCAUUUAUUAUGAUCCAAGUGAUGUAAUUGUAUCUACCACCAUUUUACUGCAAAGGACCUGAAG